ACUGCGAUAGAAAUGCCUGACCCAGCCAAGGCCGCGCCCAAGAAGGGCUCCAAGAAAGCCGUGACCAAGACCGCUGGAAAAACUGGCAAGAAGCGCAGAAAGACCAGGAAGGAGAGCUACGCCAUCUAUGUCUACAAGGUGCUGAAACAGGUCCACCCCGACACUGGUAUCUCUUCCAAGGCGAUGGGCAUCAUGAAUUCUUUCGUCAACGACAUCUUUGAGCGCAUCGCCGGCGAAGCUUCUCGUCUGGCGCACUACAACAAACGCUCCACCAUCACCUCCAGGGAGAUCCAGACCGCCGUCCGCCUGCUGCUCCCCGGUGAGCUGGCCAAGCACGCCGUGUCUGAGGGCACCAAGGCCGUCACCAAGUACACCAGCUCCAAGUAGACCGCGCUUUGCAUCCCAUCAAACUCAAAGGCCCUUUUAAGGGCCACCCACAAUGUAAUGGAAAGGCAGUUUUCUGUAUCCAUAUUUUUAAAAAAAAUUUAUUUGAAGGUCAUGGUGACUCUGGGCUCUUGCGUUAAGAGCAUUGCACCUUCAGGUAUGACUACGCAAUUCUAAUGAUUUGUUCUACAUGUGGUGCUGUGCAAAAUCACUAGCAUGAAAUCGGCUGCGCGGCAUGGCUCAUCUACCCCAUCUCGACCACCCAGAAAAUAUACAAAGCCAUGUUUCACGACCAAAAAUCGAGAUGAUCGCGUGACGAAACUUUCCUCCCUCCCGAUAUUUGUUGAUGUAUUACCGACCCCUCCCACAAUGACCCCUCUCAGAAUGUAAACUUGAUCCCAUUAGGUAAACGCUACU